UUUAGCAAAUUGGGACCAGUGACUGUUUCUCCUUCUUAGAGAAACAAUGCAGAAAUGGAUCCAAGCCGACAGAGAAGCGUGCAGUGAAGAAGUAAUUGCAUGAUUUGGCACAUUUACCUCGGACGAUAACAACCAUCAUGACUGUGAACAAUGGACCAAUCAAUUAUAAAUCGUCGCAGGACUUACUCCGAAGGGGACAGUCCCUUCGGAAAAAGUCCAACUCGGACAGACCAAGCAAAUGCCUCGUCCGACCGCUUGCCCAGAUACUUUCGGAAGAGUCGUCGUCCUCACUCAGGACUGAGCUGGAUCAUCAAGAGUUCACCAUUCUCAAAACUCUUUGCACUGGGGCGUUUUGCAAAAUCUAUCUCGCCCGUCCCGAACUUGGUGGGGGCAAACGAGCCCUGGAACAGGCACUUGUUCUGAAGGCGUUCAAAACAGAGUGCACGACGGAGGAGGAAUUUUUUUCCGAGAUGGAGCUCGCCUACUUUCUCUCGCCGCAUCCCAACAUCGUCAAAAGCUUCCAGGUCUCCUUCCAUUGGGGCGAAUUUCGACUCUUUCCCAUGGAACACGCCCCCUGCGGAGACUUGUCCCGGUUCCUCAAGCGCGAAUCGCCCAUGACAGAGACCAGUGUCAAGUUGGUCGCCACACAAGUCAGCUCUGCUCUGGAAUUCAUGCAUAGUUUGAAACUAAUCCAUCGCGACGUCGUCCCAGAAAAUGUCCUCGUCUUUCAAAAGGACUGUUCUCUCGUGAAGCUGUCUGACUUUGGUUCCACGGUGGCGUCUCGAGCCCUGCUAACCAAGACGAACUACGAUGGAGGGAAUGACACCACGGAGCCAGGUGAAGGAGGCGUUGAUGGCGAAGCUGGGAAAACCAAUAACAACCGAUCACGAAGCAACUCUGUGACCGGGGGGAGCGUUGGGGGUGGUGCAGGAGUCGUCAAGUAUCUUCCUCCAGAAAUUUGUAGUAUUCUUCCACAGGAGAAGUACCACUGCUAUUCUUCUAUUGAUGUCUGGCAGUUGGGAAUUUUACUAUUUGCAUGCAUCACUGGUGGUGGAAGCCCAUGGAAAAGGGCUGAUUGUAUCCGUGACCCUGGUUUCAACCACUAUUGCGACUGGUUGAAACGACGCUGUAUGAAAACCCCCCUCGCUUUCCAAGUUUUUUCACCCCGCUUUACCCGCCUCCUGAAACGCAUGUUGGAACCGAAACCAGCGAAACGAUGUCACAUCCAGGAGGUGACCAAGUACCUGAAGGACGACUGGCUGGUGGGAGACUCGUCCAGCAAGUCCACCUUCCUCAUCGGAGUAGGUGGGGGACUGAGCAAGUCACCUUCCUUCAGCGGGUUGCUCGUUUCCCGGUCCAACUCGGACAAUGCGGGGAUGGUUGGAGGGGGCAAGAACAAGGACAAGGACCCCCCCGUCCGGACCACCACUUGCAAAAAGUCCCAGUCUUUAGGAAUGCGAAGAAAGUCGGGAGCUGCUCGUGGAAAAGUGUGUCCUUCAACUUCUUCCGUUGGGGAACAGCUUUUCCAACAAAAGAACAACAGCAAGGAGCCAGUUUUUCGAAUUUGUUGCAAAUUUCAGUGCAAAAAUCAGACACCGGCAUGAAAUAAGUGAUCGGUAUACAUUAUUAUCAUCGUCACCUCUAUAUACAUAAUAACUGUCUCUAGUCUAUUCUCUCUCUGGCUCUUUUUAACUCAACUUUACGAUUUAAUCAUCAACCCUGUCUAUUUUUUGCACUUGUUCUGUUUACAAAGAUAACUUAAUAAACUAAAUUUUUGAAUGUAAGCAAGCACCAAACAGAA